AUGGCUUUUGCUUGUCUUUUCGACAUUGUCAUUUGUUUGUAUCAGGUGAAACAGUUUGUGAAUAUACGAGAUACCCAUGCACACCCGGGUGCGGUCUUCUUCUCAUGCAUGGAUGCACGAAUGUUUCCAGCAAGGAUUACAUCGACAACAGUUGGAGAUAUGUAUGUGGUUCGUAAUCCGGGCAGUAUGAUACCUCGAGCAGAAAAUUAUGGAUCUUGCGGGUGUGAAACUUCUCUCUCGACCGAAGCUGCAGGAUUGGAGUUAACCGUGAAGAGGGGUGGUAUAAAACAUGUGAUCAUAUGUGGGCAUUCCAACUGCAAAGCUAUGAACACCCUAUAUAACCUCCAUAAAAAUCCAAAGAAGUUUGAUGCAAACUCCCCAUUGGACCUCUGGAUUCGUGAGCAUGGAUUUUUAUCGUUGAAAAAAUUAGAAGAGCGUCUGGCUAGCAAGACCGCAAAGCCGCUGAAGUAUUCAACACCUGAUGGGGCUUUUAGUUUUGAGGCAAUAAUUGAUGAAGAGAACAAAUUCGAUGUGGAGGAUAAACUAUCACAAAUAAACACCUUGCAGCAAAUGGAAAAUUGUGCUAGUCAUGGAUUCUUGGCGGAUAUCCUUGCGAACAAGGCAGCAGAUCUACACGCGAUGUGGUUUGACAUCUUUGCUGGAGAAACAUAUUUAUUCAGCAGACCGCGUCGAAAGUUCAUUUUGAUUGAUGAAAAAACGGUGGAUAGUUUGCAAGAAGAAGUCAAGCAGCACGUUGCAUAA